UAUAGGGUUUGGUUCAUCUUAAGCUCAGCGAUUCAAUCUAGGGUUUAUAAAAUCAGCCAUGGAAAAUUUGGAGCAUCAGUUCUUGGAGGGUCUAAUCUCAACCCCAUCCAGACAUGAAACACAAGCAUCAAACUCGGGCAAGUUGUUGUUCUACUCUUCACCUCAGCCUCAAAAUCCAGACGACAAUUCUUCUCUUGUUGCCACUUCUUAUCACCCUACGUUUGUUCCCGAUUAUCAGCCAACUCAUAUAUGUAAACCGGUAUGUGGAUUGGUCUUGCUUCAGGGAAGUGGAAGAAGAAAAGGGCCGCUGAUUUGUAACCCUGCCAAGGGAAAAGUCCGAAACUUACCCAAAGUGCCUAGAAAAGGAAUAAACACUCCCCAGGGAAUAUACUUAGGUUACGAUCCAAUCGCCAAACAGUUCAAAGUGUUGUGUUUGAGUAUGAACAACUCACUCUAUAGUAGUCCCAAUACUCACUGGAUUUUGACAUUGGAGUCUGGAGAGUGUUCGUGGAGAAGGCUCCAACCCGAAUUCGAUUUUACGGAAAAUAGUGGUGGAGCAGAUAUUGGUGAUAUUAAUAUAUGCAUAAAUGGUAUUUUGUAUUUCAAGGGUUGGUUGGAAGGGUCUUUUGUGAUAGUUUGGUUUGAUGUUAGAUCAGAGAAGUUCGGUUUUAUUAACAAAGGUAAGCCUACUUAUGAUUAUGCUAGUCCUUCAACUUUGUUCAACUACAAAGAUAAACUAGGUAUACAUUGUCAGGUUGAAUAUGACCUUGUGUUGUGGGUACUAGAAGAUGCUGCGAAUCAUAAAUGGUCCAAGUAUAGCUAUGAAUUGUCUCCUUUGGGGUACGCGAUGGCUACAGAACUGAUGUUUGUUGGAAUGACUAGUACAGGUGAAAUCGUCUACUCAUGGAACUCUUCUGUUUGGUUCUACAACAUAAAGAGGGACACUGUUAAAAGAAUCUCUAUCGAGGGACUGGAAGGGCUUGAGCAUCCUACAUUUAUCAACACAUUUGUAGACUAUGUGGAGAACAUGAAGUUUUUAUAACUGUGUUCAAAAGGCUUUCCAUAUAUUAUUUACUUUGUGACUAUUUUGGAUAUCAACUCUUGUGAUAUAUUGUUCC